UGCCUGCAGGCCAGUGGGAUGGAGUCGCUCAGCUGGCUGCCCAUGUUCAUGCAACUGGUGCUGCUGGGGCCCCAGGAGGCCCUGGUCCCAUCACAAAUCAGGGUCUACGUGGUGCCCCACCACCACGUGGACAUGGGCUGGCUCCACACAGUCCAGGAGAGCAUGCAGGCUUAUGUCACCGAUGUCUACGCCUCGGUGGUGGAGGACCUGACUCGUAAUGAGCAGCACAGGUUCAUCAUCGUGGACCAGGAGUUCUUCCGGCUGUGGUGGGAUGGCGUCGCGUCAGCCAAGCAGAAACUCCAGGUCCAUGAGCUUGUGGCCCAGAGACGCCUGGAGUUUGUCCUCGGAGGCCAGGUCAUGCACGAUGAGGCCGUGACCCACGUUGAUGACCAGAUCCUCCAGCUCACAGAAGGACACGGGUUUCUCUACGAAACGUUUGGGAUCCGGCCGCAGUUCUCCUGGCAGGUGGACUCAUUUGGCGCCUCUGCCACGACCCCCACCCUGUUUGCCCUGGCGGGCUUCAAUGGCCAUGUCAUCUCCCGGAUAGACUAUGACCUGAAGGUGGCCAUGCAGCAGAAACAGGAGAUGCAGUUCGUGUGGAGAGGAUCCAGGUCCCUGUUGGAGCAGCAGGAAAUCUUCACACACGUUCUAGAUGGGAACGGCUACUGCUCUGAAGUGUUUGUCUUCCAAGAUCAACGCAUGGAUGAGAUGUUCACCCCCAGUGACAUGACUGUCAGUAAGGACAACAUUCAAAUGUAUACCGAGAAACUGUUGAACAACGCAUGGGAACGGUUCAUCCACUUCCAGACAGAACAUGUUCUCUGGCCAUGGGGAUGCGACAGUCAGUUCUUCAAUGCCUCAGUGCAAUUUGCCAACAUGGACCAUCUGAUGAACCACAUCAACAGCCUCACACCCAAUACUGGUGUCUUCUUGGAGUACGCCACGCUGAGCGACUACUUCCAAGCCAUACACUCUAAACGUAUGUCAUGGAAAGUCCGAAACCAACACGACUUCCUGCCCUAUUCCUCAGAUGUGCUUCAUUCCUGGACCGGGUUCUACACCUCCCGAAGUGGGCUCAAGGGGCUGGCGCGGCGAGCCAGCGCUCUGCUCUACGCCGGGGAGUCCAUGUUCACACGCUUCCUGUUGGCUCCCCACGGGUUCCUGGACCCGGCCUGGGCCCUGCAGCAGCUCCAGCAGCUCCGCUGGGCAGUCUCUGAGGUCCAGGACCAUUACGCCAUCACAGGGACUCACACCCCCAACGUGAGAGACAUGUAUGAGGAGCACCUGAGCACUGGGAUGAAGGGGGUACUCAAGCUGAUGGCCUCCAUCAUCCAGGACACGUCCCCAGUCCUCUCCGGCCCAGAGCCUGGGGGACAUCUUGCCGUGGUCUACAAUCCCCUGGCAUGGACAGUCACCACCAUCGUCACCCUGACUGUGGACUUCCCCGAGGUCAACCUCACAGAUGAGACAGGCAACCCCGUGCCUGCACAGGUACAGAACUCAAAGGAGAUGCCAUCUGCCUAUGACCUGCUUGUGCUGACCACCAUCCCAGGACUCAGCUACCGGUAUUACAUCAUCAGGCCCAUGAGGAGGGCCCAGAAGGACACUCAAGAGACUGGGGCCUCUGUGGGCAGCACCAAACAGUUUGACCGCAGACCCAGGAAAAAUCAUAAGCAAGUGGCGAGGCGCCUGGUGCACGUGGAGAAUGACUGCUACACCGUGUUCCUGGACAAGGACACCAACCUGAUGGACAGCAUCUGGGAGAGACAGAGUAACCAAACCAUCCGAGUGACCCAGGAGUUCAUGGAAUACUACAAUCACCAUGGUUGGGGUCAGGAAUCCAUUUCCGAUAACUCCGUGUUUACUCCUAAUGGUACAGCGAAGCCAGCGUGGGCGGCUGUGGAGAUGGAGAUCCUGGAGGGGCAGCUCGUGACCGAGAUCCGGCAAGACUUCUACAGAACGGGGAAUGACAGUGACCCCACGUACACCAUCUACUCCCGGCUGGCCCGCGGGCCCCCGGGCGCUGACGGGGAGCUGCUGUGUCAUCGCCUAGAGCAGGAGUACAGGGUGGGCCCCUUGGAGCUGAACUGCGAGGCCAUCUUGAGGACCAGCACCAAUCUCAACACCGGCCGGGUCCUCUACUCCGACAACAAUGGGUACCAGAUGCAGCGCAGAGCCUACAAGGAGUACGAGGCGAACACCAUCGCUCGGAAUUACUACCCCAUGACUCAGUCGGCCUUCAUCCAGGACAGGCAGAGCAGGCUGGUGCUGCUGUCGGAGCAGGCGCACGGCGUCUCCAGUCAAGGGAGCGGGCAGAUGGAGGUCAUGCUCCAUCGGCGGCUGUGGAACAACAAACAAGGGACCUCAUCAGACGACCUCACGCUGAACGACACCUCGGUUGUCCACUCGGUGCUCUGGCUCCUGCUGGGACCCCGGACCCUCACCAGGGACCUCGGCCCGAGGAGCGGGGUGGCGCUGCAGCACAGGCCCGUCGUGCUGAUUCCAGACCUGAGCGAGACUACACAGGUUCGCCCAGACUUCCAGCAGCAAGAGGCUGUGACACUGCCUCCAAGUCUCCACCUUCAGAUCCUCAGCAUCCCAGGCUGGACGUACAACUUGAACCACACGAAGCACCUGCAGAAUCUUCAGAAAGGCCAUCAAGGACAGGUCAAAGUGGACUUCCGCCGAGUCCUGCUGCGGCUCCGCCACCUGUAUGAGAAGGGACAGCACCCUGUCCGGUCUCAGCCUGUGACGGUGAAUCUGCAGUCCGUGCUGCGGGGUCUGGGUUCCGUGGUGUCUGUGGAGGAGCGCUCGCUCACAGGGACCUGGGACGUGAGCACACUGCACCGCUGGAGCUGGAAGAUACGGGAUGGUCACCAACACGGAGGUAGCUCCCACCGUCCCUUGCCACCCCACAGAGGCCCCAACAUCACCAUCCACCCAAAGGAGAUCCGGACGUUCUUCAUUCAUUUUGAAGAGCAGUGA